UGUUUAUCUGGCAUUUAGGUGAGUUGUGGUCUGUGUCGGUUUCGGUUCUAGAGUCCACCUCUUCCCUCAGCGCGUCCUGCAAGCCCCGACAACACGGAGGGGCUCCAGACCAAAGGCAGUGGGCUCCCCAGCCCGCGUAUAGCCUUGCCGCUGUUGCCGGAGCCUCGGACCAAAGCCCCUGACAACAGCACCACCGCCGACCCAGAGCGCGGGAAUAUGCCGGAGCUGGUGGUGACGGCGCUGCUGGCGCCGUCGCGCCUCUCUCUGAAGCUGCUGCGCGCCUUCAUGUGGAGCCUCGUGUUCUCCGCUGCUCUGGUGGCCGCAGCCGUCUACGGCUGCAUCGCGCUUACGCACGUGCUGUGCCGGCCUCGGCGCGGCUGCUGCGGGCGCCGCCGGCGCGCGGCUCCGGCCUGCCUAAGCGACCCGUCGCUGGGCGAACACGGCUUUCUGACCCUCAAGAGCUCCGGCCUGCGCCUGCAUUAUGUCUCAGCUGGACAAGGUAACGGGCCCCUCAUGCUGUUUCUGCACGGCUUCCCGGAGAACUGGUUCUCCUGGCGCUACCAGCUCCGGGAGUUCCAGAGUCGCUUUCAUGUCGUGGCUGUGGACCUCCGUGGCUAUGGCCCUUCAGAUGCACCACAGGAAGUGGACUGCUACACUACUGACCUGCUGAUGGCUGAUAUCCAGGAUAUCAUCCUAGGCCUGGGUUACUCUAAGUGCAUCCUCGUGGCCCAUGACUGGGGUGCUCUUCUUGCCUGGAAUUUCUCCAUCUACUACCCAUCCCUGGUGGAGCGGAUGGUUGUGGUCAGUGGUGCCCCCAUGUCAGUGUAUCAAGAUUACUCUCUGCGCCACAUUGGCCAGCUCUUCCGUUCAAAUUACAUGUUCCUGUUCCAGCUUCCCUGGCUGCCUGAGAAGUUGCUGUCCAUGUCUGACUUCCAGAUGCUGAAGACCACCCUCACUCACCGCAAGAAAGGCAUCCCACACUUGACUCCCAAUGAGCUCGAGGCCUUCCUUUAUAACUUCUCACAGCCUGGUGGCCUCACUGGGCCCCUCAACUACUACCGAAACCUCUUCAGGAAUUUCCCCUUGGAGCCCCAGGAACUGGCCACACCCACAUUGCUUCUGUGGGGGGAAAAGGACACCUACUUUGAGCUGGGACUGGUGGGGGCCACUGGUAGCCGCUUUGUGCCAGGCCGACUGGAAGUCCACAUCCUGCCAGGGGAAGGGCACUGGAUCCCACAGAGCAACCCCCAGGAGAUGCACCAGUACAUGUGGGCCUUCUUGCAAGACCUGCUGAACUAGUGGGCCUUUCUCACCAACCUGCCCAGGUGCGUGGACACUUUGGAACUCACACCCACUAUCUGCAUGUUCUGGGAGUUUAUACAAUGUCUAUACAUGGGUCUACUCUUGGAUUUCCCACAGGAUGGGAGUCCUGGAUUGUUACAUAAAUGCAUACCAGCACUCAGGCAUACCAGACUCUGUGGUCACAUACAAGCACGGGUG